UGUAAAAUAUUCUCCUAGACAGCCUUACUAGAGCAUAGGCCGCAAUCACUGUGCUGACCUUGUAACGUGGAAGCACCGAAACAAGCUGCAUUAAUUUCGAAAUCUUUUGUGUCUCGAGCCGGCUUUUAUUGCCUUCAGCCGAUACUACAGUACAUUGAUUAAAGUCGUACUUAUACGAGCACGUACAUAUGUAGUUUAUCUUUCAAGUGUCCUGCCGACAGCGUGUAACAACAACUUUGUAUACGGGAAUAUGUUGAACUUGAAACCGUGCAUAUGGAUUAUCGUCGUUCUGAUGAUAAAAAGAAGAUAAUUGUUCUUCGAUGACGUAAAAAUUGAUGUAUGGACCAGACAGCGAUUAUGAAGUGGAAGAUGAUGGAAAUUAUAAGAGCCAGAUGACGAAGAUUUUCUAGAGAUGCCCGAUUUCUGAACGCCGUGAUUAAAGAAGCUACGUGCGUGGAAGCUGGUGCUUUUAAUCGUAUGAGAACUGACUGAAAAUUACACUAAGGGUCAUACAUCCAAUCUCCCCUCCAUAAUUAAAAGCCAUUUUGCGCCAUAACUUGAAAGAACAUCAUGCAAGCCGAAAUUGUGGAGAUGCAGCCAGAUCCGAAACUAACAUGGGGCUAUGACAAUAAUGCCCGCCCACAAACGACUGCACAGGACCGCUCUGCCGCUAUGUGGAACGCGUUUGAUCAGUCAUGCUCACCAUCCAGCAUCCAAAGAUCCUGGGGCAAGCCAGCGACCGAAACGGCGAGAGUCCGUACGCGGAAAUUAUGCGAACUAAAGGCGGAGGAACGGCAAGAAAUCGUUGAUCUAUUCGACAAAGGUUACUCUUGCUCCUACAUUGUGCGCAGAGCAAACUUGUCCCGCCCCCACAUUAAGCAGGUGUUGUGUGCGGCUGGGCGUACGGGAAUCUUUAGGAAACGGCAAAAUGGUAGCGACGAUGGCGCAAACUUACCAAAGGUUGUCAAGAGUCGCUCCACAACUGUUCGGCAGCUGUUGGAUCAGUUACGGUCGACCUCUAGUAUUCAAGGAUCCCAAGCUGUACCAAAGAAAGAAACAGAGAUUUUCAAAACGGCGUGCAACCUUACUCCCGCAAGCAAACAGUACAUCCUGGAUUUAUUCGACCAAGGUCACACUUGCUGCUAUAUUAUGGAGAAGACCAAUAUGUCUGGCUACGAUAUUGGACAAGUACUGGGCGCAGCGGGGAGAACCUUUGCCGAACAGAAUCCAAAGAGGUACGACGCAUUGCGCCCGGUUGUUCUCAGGCUAUUCGAGCAGGGCUGGUCUCUUCGAGCGAUUAAAAGGAAGUGCGCUGGAAAUUCACCGUUUCGGGUAGAAAAGAUAUUGAUGGAUGCCAGUUUAACUCCCAAAUCGCGACCGGCGGCAACUUCGCCGUUGCAAUCCCACCACGAAGGCGGAGCAAGUGGUGCUGGGACUGCUCUCACUAUUUUGCUAGAAGACGGACAGUGCGGAUGUUCCUCGAAGGAGACAGGGCUUUAUCAAGAAGCAGCCGGCAUCGCUCAAGAUAGGAGUGACAUUGGCUGCGGAACAGACACCCCACCUGGACAAUUCUCCGAGCAAGGAAAACAGGAGGAAGAAAUUGUGGAACACUCCACAAUUUCCCCGGACAGAUGUGCUCGGGCUGCUUCGGAAAUACCGUUGCUUCCGCCAGAUAAUCCGAGCACGAGCGGCCGUAGCGCAAGGUAUCAGUGCCAGAUUUGCCGUUUACACUGGGAUGAAGAGAAAGACUUCCUGUUGCAUUUGGCCGACAAAGAGCACGAACAGCUGCUUGCCAGUAGAAUUUUUUUGUAUUGUACAGGAUGUAAAUUCAAGACCCGAAAACCGGGGACUAUGGGCCGACACAUUGUGAAGUAUCAAUCGCAAAAUGCGCUGCAAGACUGUAUGCAUAGUAUUACAACUAUAAACUGAAUUAAUGGUGGCUAAUCAAAUACAAAAUUUGUUGCCUGCCUAACUCAGCUGGCUACCAGUUGCAAUUGUCGCUCAGAUUUAAAUGCGAGCGACAAAUUUUCCCAUUUCUAGUAAACUUUUUAAUAUUUUGGAAGCAUUUUGGGACUUCUGAAAGUUUAGGGGCGCCCUGGCCGCUGUCAGAUAUUUUGAUUUUCUAUAGUCUGAAACACUAAUACCUUAAUUGCCGCUUA